AUGGGCAAUCAGACCAAUGGAUCAGUAUUAUCAACACUUGAACAGAAUGUUGAACUGUUGAAAAAGAACUUUGUGGAGCACCAGAGAUUGACAAAGGAUACAAUGAAUGUAGAGUUCAAGAUCAUUGAAUGGCAUUCAAAGAUACGAAAGGAUAACCUUGAUCGUGACUUGGAGAAGAUAUCCCCGGACAAUAUUGAGAAGAUCAGAGGAUUCGUUAAUGAUACGUUGUUGGAUGUUAUGUUGUAUAUGACACCAGAGUAUCAUACCGAGAUAUUGAAUGAGGUGUCCAGUCAGAUAAAUGCAACUUAUAAUAUGUUUAUCAAUCAUCAUCCAAAGUUCAGAGGACUUGUAUCAAUAUGGUGUCAUUCACUUGGCAGUGUCAUUGUCUGGGAUAUCCUACAUUCAAAACACAUUGGAUUCCAAGUGGAGAAUGUGUUUGCAAUGGGCAGUCCCCUAGGCAUCUUUCUCCGUCUGAAAGGUCAUCCACUUGGCAAUGUUGACUUCCGCCAACUCAUUCCACAAUGUUCCAAUUGGUUCAAUAUAUUCUCUCCAACCGAUCCAGUUGCCUAUCGCAUCGAACCAUUCAUUGAUAAUAAGUAUCAAAAACUGAAACCUGUUGUAAUUGAACUUGGCCAGCAUGAGAGGCCAUCUACUCUAUUCGAUAUAUACAAGAAGAAGUUCUCUGGAUUGAUUGGACAGAUAUCUUCUCCACCUCAACCUGGAUCACUAUCUCCAAACUCUAAACCAAUGCACAAUUUGAUUGCCACUCAAUCAAUUCACCAACAGUUGUCCACACUGGACGGUACAAUCACGCAGGACAGUACAGUAUCAAUUGGCUUCACCUCAUCAUAUCCAGACAAUGUAGGAGAUAUCGUGCCAUCAAUCGGAGGUGGAUAUGGAGUUGGUGGUGAGAUUAAGGACAAAGAGGAUGAAUCACUCAAGGACCUGAAGAGAUAUGAUUAUGUGUUGGAUGAAGGAUCCACCAUUUGGAACAAUGGUAUACCGAGCUACUUCAUCUCAAUCCUAUCGCACAUCACUUAUUGGAACUCCAAAGUGAUGGCCAGCUUCCUGGUCAAGUCACUGUCGAUCAAGUGGACCAAAGUCACCGAGAUUGCAAAGAAGAGGAACCGUACACUUGCCAAGGGUCUGGCCAACCUCCUCGAUGACCCCGAUGUCGAUAUGUUGUCAACACCAAACAAUGACAAUGACAUUGAGCCAUCCAUUACAUCGUUAUGA